AGCGGUUCACGCUGGUUGCACUGGAACGUGUUUUUCCUUCCCUAUUUUUUCCUUUCGUGGUAACUCAUCUUUAAGUAUUGCACAUUGUUGAAACUCUUCGAAAAUGUUUGUGCUCAAGUGAAAAAAUACCACACAACAAAUAAGUUCUGGAAUGAUUUGAAUGUGACUCGUGUUUUCGUUUCCAGAUUUUUUUUUUUUUCUAGUUCACGACAAAAACAGUGGCUCGUGUGUGUCUGUGUGUUCUAAAUUUGUACCGCAGCAGCUGCAGCUUUCGACCCCUGGUAGAAAAAUUCAUCGGCCACCAUUUUUUUUUGUGUGUGUUUCCUUUCUGCAUUUACCUCGUCGUCGCAAUGUUCAUUAUUAGCUGAUGGGUUUUUGAUUGCUCACGAUCUUUCAUCGAUGAUUACCCAUCAUGAAAGUUUCCACCAUUUUUGAACGUAUGUGGAUUCCCUGUCUGACUGUGUGAAUCGUGAAUGACAACGAGUUACGCACGGAAACUCGAUUAUCAAGUGAAACUUCAUCGGGCUAUUGUUUCCCAAAAUAAAAAGAAAAGGCGAUAUGGCUGCCAGUGGCAAAACGAGUUCGGGCCUUGCUUCGACUGGCAAGAUCGUCAAACCGGGUCAAACUCGUCCAACCAGUGUCACCUCGCAAUCUGCUGGAAGGGCUCAGACGACGCUGACGUCAGCGUCGCGACGUAAUGGCGCAUCAGCGCCAGUACUGCAAUCGCGGAAGUCCAGCCUAGUGUCUACCACCUCAACCACAUCCGUCAACGGCAGCAGUAGUCAGCAGAGAGGCUUGAAACUUCGUCCUCACAAUCAAACCGUCUUACCUGUUCUUUGUGUCUAUUCGGACCAAAAUCUGUUGGUUCGCAAGGAACAAUUUCGCGUCCCAGCUCCUGCUUCGAAUCCAGCCAAACUUCAAACCAGGCAUAACAACGAGAACGUUCAAGCUCCCCGCUCAUCCGUCCCCAACAAUUCAUCCGGUAGCCAGAUUCCGGUAGCAACGCAGGCCAGGGCCAUUCAUAUGAAAUCGACUAUUUCAUCGACUGCUCGUGUGGGCAACGCCAACAACAAUAGCAUCAAUAAUAAUGGCGCCAAACGCUCCAAAAUGACCGUUCCGCAUUCCAGUACAAUCAAGGUCCCGCAGCCCGUUGCAGCACCGUCGUCAAACAAUAAAAGCAAAGGAAUUGAGAAAGUGAGUCGACGCCGGAAUGAGAAGAGCGUUCCACCACUUCAAUCCCGUAAAGCGGAAAUGACAAGUGGAGUCUCCUCUUCCUCUGUUGGAUCAAAUCAAAACAAAGCGUCGUCCAAUCCGCAGCUUCCUGGCUUAUCGGGCGCCCGUCCAACCACCACCACCACUACUAGCAGUAGUAGUACUAGUAGUAUUGCCGACGGGCCCGUGCGUGGUUCAGUUGCCGCUCAGCCUGCCAGUCGAGUGGAGUCGACCAACAACGUGCUCCCGUUGCCGCGUCCUUCAACCGUUAGUUCCUUACCUUCGAACGCCAGCAAGAAAGUGACAAGCGCACGGAACCAUUCCAAACCGGCUCGCAUCUCAAGCAGCUCCGUUUUUGCUCCGCCUCGUCCCUUUCACCCGUCCGUUCGUGCGCUGGUGGCAGAUAACCCCGACCUCAAACUCGUCGAGUCUCAAGGAUCCACAGUCGUCGCCAACCAUCAUGGCUCGCUGCUUGUGGAUGGCGCCGUCGCUGCCGGACUAGCCGACGCCGAUUCAUCUUCAGCUUGUGACACAGACACUAAUUACGUUGUGUUUGAGUAUCCGGAGGCUUUGAGCGAGCCGGAUCAUUACACUCGAGUGGUUGUAAACGAAGAAGAAAUAGAAGAAGAGGUUAGAGAGUCACCGCUGCUAAAUCAACAACAAGAUCACGACGUCAUGGGCACUUACCCGGAUACAGUCGGAUACAGUUCCGAAAAAUCGCCCGAUGACGCCAGCUCUGCCGACGUUCCACAUCAACACUCGAAAGAAGACGAUCUCCUCGAUGAUUUCUUUAAAUUCGUUUCCAACGAAAAUCUGAGAAAAGUGACGGUUCUGAAGACAGUUCAAGGCCUGGGUCUGAGCGUGACUGGAGGCGUCGCCUCUUCUACAAUAGGCACAGCGGGAUUUUCAUCGCCAUUGACGCUCGACGCCGCUUUUGUCGCCUGUUCCUGGCCAGGUUUGAUCCGAAUUAAGAAGAUUUUCCCCCACGGAGCCGCCUGGCAGACGGGUCAGCUGGCGGUCGGUGAUGUCCUCCUGGCCGCCAAUGGACAGCCGCUCACCGGCUGCACAAACUACGAAGCGUUGGAGGUAUUGCGUUGUUCACCGCGUGAGACUAACCUAUUGGUGUGUCGCAUCCCGUUCGAAAUAGCAGAAAAGAUGGGUAUCCACCCACCCGAGUCGCCCACGUCAGCUAAUUCUAGUCACUCCAAUUGGCUCUCACCUGUGUUGACUCUCAGCACGCUAGGCGAAUUUGAAAUUAGUAUGACGAAAGUGAAUGGCAGUUUGGGAUUUACGUUGCGAAAAGAAGACGAAAGUAUUUUGGGACAUUACGUGCGAUCGCUGGUGAAGGAGCCCGCAAUUUCCGACGGACGUAUCUGCCCCGGAGAUAAGAUUAUUAGCGUGAAUGGAGUUAAUAUGUCGGAAAUGAGCCAUGCUGAAGCUGUUGCGUUUCUACGUCGUUGCCCGGAUUCGGUCACGAUACGCCUAUUCCGUGACUCGGCCGUUACUCCGCUUUCACCAUUAUCGCCAACCGAGCCAGAAUCGGGAUUGAACCGACCUCGCCCACUCCUCAGACAAGAAGCACAAGACUUGCUUCACGAUUUAGCUGUACGCAAACAAGGUGGUUCGCGAGGUGCAUCUCCAGCGCCUGCUCUUUCAGGCUCUCCUUGUUCGCCACGACGUCGCCGUUUGACUAAAACACCUAGCCCUGACUUGGCAGCUGUCGUCAAAGACCGAUUCGGAUCGUCAUCUUCUCAUAAAGACAGUUGCUGCAGUCUGCCUCCCAAUUUCACAACGUCGCCGCCUAUGAGCCCUCUACCUGAAAUGGACAUGGAACGCGAUGCUAUGGCCAAUAGUCUAGAUCUCACGGAUUCAAAUGCAGCAUCGUUCCAUACCCCGUCCGGAACGACAAGGGUCUCCCGACCUGAUUUCCUCGACCUCAGCAAUUCGUUGGUGAAAAAGCAACGAUUCAUGUUUACCCCACCCAACGAUCAUCCGCCGUCAGGAUUCGAAGAGCGUCAAGCUGGUGAUGGACAGCCAGAGCCACCAGUCGUCGACCAGGAAGAAUUGGAGAUCUCGGAGUACCUCACACCCAAUCGGCUGGCUGAUUCGAUCCGUGACGAUUGUUCUAGAAAGAGUUUUAGCGCAUCGUUUCGUCUUCAAGAGGAUACAGUGGAGCGUUCGGUUAUCGGCAGUGGAUUAGAAGAAACAAUGGACGAAGAAUUCGUCUCGUUUCAAUCCAAUUCGACGAUGGAACGUUACGCACCGCAGGGGUUGUCUGACCACGAUCUCAGUAGCCGUUUCCCUCUAUGCGACAAUUCUGGAGCCAAUCGUGGAAAGAACGGACUAGUUAAAUGGAAAGGCAUCGUUCUCACCCCUGACGAAGAGUAUGCCGAAGAGGCUCACCUGGGAUUGAUCCAAACGAUUGAACUUAACAAGGGAUGGAACAGUCGUUUGGGAUUUAGCGUAGGUCAUGAUAGCGACGGGCAACUUGUAAUUAGCGCUAUUUACGAUGAAAGUGUUGCAGCUAAAGACGGUAGAUUAAAAGUUGGAGAUCACGUCUUACGGGUCAAUGGCGAGAAACUUGAAGGUUGUCCGAAAGAUUACGUUAUCGAUAUUCUGCGUAAGACGAGAGGUCCAGUUGCUAUUACCGUUCGCAAAAUUGCUUAAGAGACGAUUCUUUAUCAAAUGUCACCCGUCUUCAUAUUUCGUUCUCUUUUGUCCCCGUCCGCGUGCCAAUUUACCUACCAAAUACUUUCUGAAAAAAAAAGCUAUGUACUAAUCAUGCAAAUGAUAGAUCUUAAACCGGCAUCCAUACGUUACCAUUUCUUUUUCGUGUGUGAAGCCAAUCCUUCUCUUCUCGUUUUACCAAAUAGCCUCCAAGGUUUGUCGCACACUUGAUUUAGUGCCAUUACAUAAUACCCGAUAAAUAGUCCUUAGCGCCGUGUCGGCUGUGGCCUUAAAGAGUGUCUGGUUUGCGUGCCUGUACAAAAAGCAGUUACUAACGUAUUGUAAUGAUCACAAUCAUGUCGAACCGGUUUUAAUAAAAGUUUUCUAUGAACAUUUUA